AUGGCAGAUGUGACUGUGGAAGAGUCGACCGGUGGUCUACUGAGUCCUGGUCCCCGUGCAUCGCUCGCCAAAGGCACCGGGACCGUCCAGCCAUCGCCUAACAAGCCGGACGGGCCCCGACUGAUCGACCGGCGUUCGACCGGUGGCGGUGGCAUAAGCUGCAGGACCGGCCCGGCCGUCUCCGGUUUUCCGCCCGUGAGAGCCCCCGUUGAGAGUCCCAUGGGCCGAUGCUUGAGCGGUAGCACAACUAGCUGGUCAUCGUCGGUGAGCGCCAUGAGACUGUACCCCAGAUACGCGUCAUCGAUCACACUAACCCCGGCUAUCCCAGGCGCGCCCUGGGAGCGGACUCGUCCCACCUAUACACUCCGAGUGGCCGCUAUCCAUGAGCCUCAGAUCAAUGCAUUCACAGACAUCGAUACGGCUCUGGUAGGCUAUCAUGAACACCCCCAGGCCGGUGUUAUUUGGAUCCGAAAGAGUCGGCUCCGCGGUGGAGUUCCUCUGAUUAGUGGGCGAUGA